AUGACUUUGAACCUUUUGAUGCUUCCCAUAGAUACUCUCCUAAAGGAUGAAGAGCAGGUACUAGAUGAAGGUAUUGGAGUUCUUACUCUCACCCAGGCAGUUACUGAUCUGGGCCGUAAUGUUAUUCCAGGCACAAAACUAUUGGAGACCGGGUCACCAGUUCCACUUUCCCCUCUCCAGAUGGCUUUGCAGGAGGCACGAAAGUGUGGUGAGGAAUUGGGCAUUCACGCCUUCCCCGUUAUGGAACAGGUGAACCCUAACACGGGACAGCGUGAGCGUACUUAUGACCCGCUUCCUUUUAAAACCCUGAAGGAGUUAAAAACAGCCUGUGCUCAGUAUGGGCCUACUUCCCCUUAUACUUUAACCAUCUUGGAAACUAUGGUCUCAGAGGCUCUCCCACCUAAUGAUUGGAGAGCUAUUGCCAAGGCUUGUUUAUCAGGAGGGGAUUAUCUCUUGUGGAAAUCAGAAUAUGGUGAAAAGGCUAAGGAAUAAGCUCCUUGUAAUCGAACUGCCCAGAUUAAUAUUUCUUAUGAAAUGCUGGUAGGAGAAGGAGCCUAUGCUGAUACUCAUAAUCAAAUUCAAUACCCCCAGGAAACUUAUGGGCAAAUUAAUGGAGCUGGGAUCAUAGCCUGGAAAAAGUUACCCACCUCUGGUCAGAAAACAGAGGAGCUCUCAAAAAUUAUUCAAGGGCCAGAUGAAAAGUAUCAGGAUUUUGUCUCUUGGCUAUUACAGGCUAUUGGCCGAGUAGUGGUGGAUGGAGAGGCUGGCAUGUUAAUAGUUAAACAGCUGGCAUAUGAAAAUGCCAACACUGCCUGUGAAGCUGCAUUGCGGCCCUAUCAAAGAAAGGGGACUCUCUCAGAUUAUAUCCGCAUUUGCACAGAUAUUGGUCCCUCAUAUAUGCAAGGAGUUGCCAUUGCAGCCGCAUUAAAGGGAACCACCAUUGAAGGAAUUCUUCAGCAACAGUUUAGCACAGGAAAAAGUCAGACACACAAGUGUUUCACUUGUGGAGGAAUAGGACACAUGGCAAAACAGUGUCCCUCUAAUAAAGGGGUUAGUAGAGAAAAUGGUAGAGGUCCCAAACAACCUGGACUAUGCCCUAAAUGUAAAAGAGGAAAACAUUGGGCAAAUGAGUGUAAAUCUAAAACAGAUGUCCAGGGAAAUUUCUUGCCUCAAUAGCAGUCGGGAAACUCCCGAAAGGGGCCAGCCCAGCCCCGGCAAAUAAUAGGGGCAUUGUCUGUUUACCCUCCUGUCCUUGUGCCGUCUCAAGGCCAGCUGGCUGUGCAGCACCCAGCCUGCCCCAGGGAGCAAAAUGGAUACAAGAGUUAUUCCG